AUGAGACUAAAUGUUGCCAUCUUUUUUGGGGCUCUCUUUGGUGCUUUGGGGGUGUUGCUCUUUUUGGUGGCUUUUGGAUCAGAUUAUUGGCUUCUUGCAACUGAAGUGGGAAGAUGUUCAGGUGAACAGAAUAUACAGAAUGUCACUUUUCACCAUGAAGGAUUCUUCUGGAGAUGUUGGUUUAAUGGGUUUAUUGAAGAGAAUGAUUCCAAUAUCUGGAAGUUCUGGUACACCAAUCAGCCACCGUCCAAGAACUGCACGCACGCUUACCUGUCACCAUACCCCUUCAUGCGGGGCGAGAACAAUUCGGCCUCCUAUGACUCUGCAGUUAUUUACCGCGGUUUCUGGGCAGUCCUGAUGCUCCUGGGGGUAGUUGCUGUCAUGACCGCCAGCUUUUUGAUCAUCUGUGCAGCCCCCUUUGCCAGCCAUUUUCUCUACAAAGCUGGAGGAGGCUCAUAUAUUGCUGCAGGCAUCCUGUUCUCCCUGGUGGUGAUGCUCUAUGUCAUCUGGGUCCAGGCAGUGGCUGACAUGGAAAGCUACAAAAAUAUGAAGAUGAAAGACUGCUUGGAUUUCACCCCUUCUGCUCAGUAUGGCUGGUCAUUUUUUCUGGCCCCAGCUGGGAUAUUUUUUUCUUUGCUCGCAGGGUUACUAUUUUUAGUUGUUGGUCGGCAUAUUCAGAUACAUCACUAAUCAAACUGUUGCUGCCAGCAUUUUCUUAAAAGAGAUUUUAAAACAGAGCAUACUUUAAAAAAAAUUUGUUUCAGUGAUUCCGGAGUAGAAUCAGUUGAUAUAACUUUUCAGUUGCUAUUUGAAUUAAUGAUUUUGCUUAUGAUUUCUUAUGGUAAGAAGGUCCUACAGUCUUCUCCAGACACCACCAAGUUUCCAUUUUAUCUACAUGCUAUCAAAGAUCUUGUUCUUUGGGAAGCAGGUAAACUUGGCUUCGCUUUAACUUGCAGGUUGCAAAGGCCUAAUAAUAGUAUAACACCGUCACAUGGGUCAAAUCAAGAUUUGCUUUAAAGCCUUCUCAGCAUUCACUUCUGCUGCUGUUUAAGAAAAUCUUUGGAGAAUGAUUAAGAAUGGAAAACAAAUGUUGUCAGAGUAAUUUAAUUCAUUUCUUCUCCAUACACAUACAUAUCCAUAUCCACAGCCACUGACUACUGUGAGUAAAUUAUUCAUUGUUUAAAAAUAGAUAGCAGGAGUUAUGCAAGCUCACUGCUCAAAAUGGGCCACAACCAACAAAACUGAUAAUGUGUAGUUUGGUUAACUAAUCUCACUUAAUUGUGUAUGCUUACAUAAACCUUAAACUAUAUUUAAAAGCAGAAAAUCUAUACAAGAAAAUCAUGUAUAAAGUAGAUUGAAUUUUAUGAACUUACAGUGGGUUAAUUGUAUGUAUAACAUGGUUUAAAAUAUGUGAAAUCCAUGCACCUUAGCUUAAUACAUAAUUCUAUUUGAUGUUUUAAAAUCUUAUUUAAAAAUUACACUGCUAAGCUAUGCAAUAUGUGAAAAUUUAUUAAAGAAAUGUGCUUUUAAUAUCCAUGAGCUAUGAACUUUCAAAAACACUUCCAUAUGAGGAUCACAAUAGCCUUGUUUUAUAAAGACUAUGAAAUAUUAACUUUUCCCAAGAUUUUACUGGUUCUUGUUCUUCUGAUCAUUUGAUUCCCUUCAUUACUGUCCCUCAAUUUUUCAUCUUUGCACUAGAUAUAUUAACGUUUACAGAUCCGUUAUUUCCUUUAAGAAAAGUUUUUGUGGGGAAAAUAAUUCUUUAUUGUAUACUAGUGUAGACAUUUUGCAUAUCAAAGGUAUUCAUUUGGCACCAAUUUUGAUUGAAAUCAAAUCCAUCUGAAACAUCUAGGUAGUAUUUGCAUUUUGGAAGCCUCCAUGAAGGAGCUUGGUGGUAGUGAAGGAAAAGAGAAAUGACGUGGGAGUUGUGUUUGGUGCACAGCGUUUCAUUCCACAGCUGUUGUGAAUACAAGAGGCAUGACUCAGAGGCAGAGAAAGAGUGACCACCUGGAAGAUGCUGUGGGGUAGCUGGUUGUCCAAUGUCGCUGUUCCUGUGAUGGAGAAAAGGCCAGCAUCUUCUCUGCAAACCUCCUCCUUUCCCAUUAAGUCUUGUUUUUAUGGGAGGAAGCUUUGGAGGAAUAGCAAGAUCUGAAGUAUCUACAGAAUCCGGAAGGCAUGUUAGCAGUCAGGACUUGCUUGUAAUAAUAAAAAAGCUUCAAGGGUUUCGCUAGUUUCUCCAGAGAUUUCAGUUAUAGCCAAAACAUUUUUGUGGGACUUUAUCUAUUCUAUUUCAUUUUUAUAUCGCUUCAUUUGACUCUCUGCUUUUGGCUUGAUUAUUAGAAAAGUAAUUAAGAGUUCUGCUCUGCAUAUUGACUGUGAUAUUAAGUUAUAGCAUGCCAUUGAGUUUUCCAGGCAAUGCUGGAUGUAUUGGAUUAGUUCAUGUCAUCUGUAAAUACAGUUCUUUUUUGUAGAACUUUGGAAUGGA